GGAGGAGGACGCUGAGAGCUAACAUUUCAGAAGCGGCUGGUUAAGAUUUGCAAACACCCUUCGCGGGACUUGGGAACUCCGGGAGCAGGUUGGUUACCCGGCGGGGUCGUGUGCGGGCGCGAGGUAGAUGGUGAGCGGCCCCGGCAGCUGAGGGCAGGACAGCCCGCAGAAGGAACUGAGCUUGAAGGACUGCGCGGUGGUGGGAGCCCCGCACUGCGCCCAUCCGGCUCCCUGGAUCCGUCGGGGUGCCUCCACCCGGCUGUUAGCAUGAUGUCUUACCUCAAACAACCACCAUACGGCAUGAAUGGGCUUGGCCUGGCUGGGCCCGCCAUGGACCUGCUGCACCCCUCCGUGGGCUAUCCUGCCACACCAAGAAAGCAGCGGCGGGAGCGCACCACGUUCACACGCUCGCAACUGGACGUGCUCGAGGCGCUCUUCGCCAAGACUCGAUACCCUGACAUCUUCAUGCGCGAGGAGGUGGCGCUCAAGAUCAAUCUGCCGGAGUCCCGAGUCCAGGUGUGGUUCAAGAACCGCCGAGCCAAAUGCCGGCAGCAGCAGCAGAGCGGCAGCGGGACCAAAAGCCGCCCAGCCAAGAAGAAAUCAUCCCCGGUGCGGGAAAGUUCAGGCUCCGAAAGCAGCGGCCAGUUCACGCCACCCGCUGUGUCCAGCUCCGCCUCGUCUUCUAGCUCGGCGUCCAGCGCCUCCGCCAAUCCAGCCGCCGCCGCCGCAGGGCUAGGGGGAAACCCGGCGGUGGCCGUGCCGUCGUCGCUGAGUGCGCCGGCGGCCUCAUCCAUCUGGAGUCCAGCCUCCAUCUCGCCCGGCUCGGCGCCCGCGUCGGUAUCCGUGCCCGAGCCAUUGGCUGCACCUAGCAACGCAUCCUGUAUGCAGCGCUCGGUGGCCGCUGGCGCCGCUUCAGCUGCAGCCUCGUACCCUAUGUCCUACGGCCAAGGCGGCAGCUACGGCCAGGGCUAUCCCGCGCCCUCUUCUUCCUACUUUGGCGGCGUGGACUGCAGCUCUUAUCUGGCGCCCAUGCACUCGCACCACCACCCGCACCAGCUCAGCCCGAUGGCUCCCUCCUCCAUGGCGGGCCACCAUCACCAUCAUCCUCACGCACACCACCCGUUGAGCCAGUCCUCGGGCCACCAUCACCACCACCACCACCACCAUCACCAGGGGUAUGGCGGCUCGGGGCUUGCUUUCAAUUCUGCCGACUGCUUGGAUUACAAGGAACCUGGCGCCGCUGCUGCUUCCACGGCAUGGAAACUCAAUUUCAACUCGCCCGACUGUCUAGACUAUAAGGACCAAGCUUCAUGGCGGUUCCAGGUCUUGUGAGCCCAGGAGUGGGAGGAAAAGGAGAAGAAACGCAACUACCUGCGCCCUCUGUGGUCCCCCGUCCUGUUGCUGCUGCUGUACCGCCCGCCUUUGCCUCGUCUUCUCCAGACCUGAAUUUUCACAUCCCUAAAAGAUGCCCAUGCACUGCCGUCCUCAUCUCAUCGUUGUGCCCCUUGCUUGGGGGAUGUGCAAAACCGUUCCACCCCUUGGAUGAAGGGUCCGGUGCCUCGGCUUGGCCCACAAGUUCUACGGGGGAUU